AUGUCGAGCGCACCCGCUCAUAGUGCCUCAGAUCCAGAGUUGAACUUCACUCAGGGCUCCUUAAUUGCUCUCGCUGCCUACUCAGGGUUCUACCUUCGGAAAAGCUGUCACGGCAGUUAUGGCUCCUUCAUCACCUUCCAACUAGUGUUGAUCAUCAUAUGCGCAUGGGUGUCUGCUUCCCGGGUCUACGCUAUCAGCCGCCGAAAUUGGUAUCUUGCCAUCAUUACGUUUGGGCUAGGUUUAGUGCCCGUGGGAACAAACCUGAGGCGAGUGCUUGGUUGGCCUUCUCAGACGAGCUCCACUCAAAUCAGAACCCUUCCUCAUAGUCAUUACGGCAACUCGAGCUUGCGCAAUUCUAUCAGACUCAAUAGUCAUAAUCGCUACCUGGUAUUACGUGCACGGUUUAUCAUUGCCACUAUUUCAAACUCGGCUGGCUCUUACACGGCUUGUACUCCGACACGUGCACUCUUCCUCAUGAACUUCAUUGAUAUAUUUACCUUCCGAUUGAACAAUCGCGGUUCUGACGGAAAAACUUACAGCAUUUCGUCUAUCCUGAUUUCCCGCUUUCUCAUCUAUCUUCGCCAAACAAAUCAAGGUGUCGAGGACCAAUCCAUUGAUCUCGACUUCGACAGAUCGAGAAACCUCGCCUUUGCGAUGAUGACGGUAGGAAACACGAGGCCUAUCAUUGACACCACGCUGGCCACCAGUAUCUCAGCCCAGAGUCAAACUAUAGACGUCUCAGCGGAGGACACAUUGGGUAAACAGGACAACGAGAUUGAUGUGUAUGGAUAUGUAUUAUACCUUGUCAGAUCUAUGCUUAAGCGGGUCGAUCCUGUAUUCAUCUACAUGCCAGUCUUCCAUCGACAAAUGGCAUCAGAGGACCCCUGGACAAGGAAGACAAGUGCGACAUCCACAUCAUAUGAAGUGCGCGGAGGCGGCCGGCAUCUCUAUCAUCAACAAAGGAUGUUCGCACUUUCCCGUAGUCUGAUGGAAGGCCAGUACGGUUUUACAAGUCUUGCUUUCCAAAGCACGUCCAGACAUAGCCUUACAGCCAGUCUGUAUCGCAACGAUGCAGCGCUAUCCAAUCAUUCUCCCCAAAGGAGCACAUGCUAG